UCCACUAGGCUGGCUUUUUGGCACCACGGGAGGGCGUUCUGGUCUUCUCCCACAGGAGCACAUCAGGCCAUCUGCAGCCCCAGACUACCACUGUCUCCACCUUAACAGAAGAGAUGACAGGAGGAAAAGCAUGAGAAGCACUAAAAGCCUGUCUACAGGUCCCAUCAGCAGAUACACAGACAGUCCUGAUUCAGAGUGGCCCAGCGGAGAGGCCUCAUUCCGUGGCUCAGCACAGGGAUCAAUCCAGGGCUUAGUUCUGGGUUCAGACCAUAACUUGGAGAACCUCUCACCAAUGGCUGAUUUUGCCAUGAACUACUUUAGAAUGGAGACUGUAGGCCUCACACCCAGCAGAAGGAAUUUUUCAGAGAUGGUUCAACAUACAGAGGUCCCCAUACAGGAGUCCCUCAUCCUCUACAGUGAUCCUGAACUCAACAAUUCUUCUGUUCAGGGCUUCAUUAGCCUGAUGCAGUUCAUGGGAGACAUGCCAAUGAAGAGCAAAAACACCCAGCCAGGCUGCCUAAGCCAUAUCUUAUUGAUAGGAAAGGAAAAUGAGUUGCUGAGAGAUGAACUCUACUGCCAGGUCACCAAGCAAACAACCAACAACCCAACCAGAUCUAGCUGUAUUCUUGGCUGGCGGCUGCUCAGCCUGAUGACUGGGUUCUUCCCCUGCACUAGUACUCUAGAGCCCUACAUCACACGUCACCUACACAUAAUCUCUCAGGACCAUGGACACCCAUACCAAGAGAUGGCAAGUGUGUGUAUGGAUAACCUUCAGCGAUCUCUCAGUUUUGGUGGUCGCCGUAACAUUCCCUCACAUGUUGAGAUGGAAGCCAUCCUGGCUGGCCGAACUUCUCGUCGGAUUCCUAUCCACCUGCCAGGAGGAGUAGAGUACCCCACUAAGAUGCACAGCUUCAGUAUGGCAGCCGAUGUGGUAGCAGACAUCUGUAAAAAAAUGGGCAUUUCAAAUACCACCGAAAUGAAAGAUUUUUUCAUCUUCGCCAACAGAGUUCCAGGUAAAUUAGAUUAA